AUGCGACCCUCACUCACGCCCGCUUUCUUUUCAACGCUCCUCCUCCUCCACUCUCUUUUCUCUGCGGCGUUUUAUCUCCCCGGCGUUGCACCUACCUCAUACCAAGCCCACCAAAAAGUUCCGCUCCAUGUCAACCACCUCUCGCCCACGGUCUCCGACCACGAUGACCAGCUUCAUUCCGUCAUUUCCUACGACUACUACCACCCGGCAUUUCACUUUUGCCGACCCGAAGGCGGCGCGAAAGACAUCAGAGAAUCGCUAGGCAGUAUUAUAUUCGGCGAUCGCAUCCAGACGUCGCCUUUUGAAAUUUUUAUGGCCAAAAAUGAGACUUGCAAAUUGCUUUGCCCAGAGGUUGUUUUCGACCCACAGAGCAGUGAAUUCGUCAAUCAGAAGAUCUGGGAUGGUUACAAUGUUAACCUGCUGAUUGACGGGUUACCUGCGGCACAAUUGGGCGAAGACUUACAAACCGAGGAGGAGUUUUAUAUCCCCGGAUUUUUCCUGGGCUCAGUUGAUAAAGAUGGGACUAAGCUGCUAAACAAUCAUUACGAUAUCCAUAUCGACUACCACCAGGUGACUGGUUUGGGGAAGAAAGAGCAGUAUCGGGUUGUUGGGGUCUUGGUGAACCCUACUUCGCGAAAUCCUUCAAAGAUCCUAGACGGCGGCAAAAAAGCCGAAUGUUCUGCGAACGGUUCACCGGUGUCGCUCAGCGAAACAGAAGACACGACCGUUGCCUGGACUUAUAGCGUCACCUGGAGGGAAUCGCCGACGGCUUGGGCCACUCGCUGGGACAAAUAUCUCCACGUUUACGACCCCAGCGUCCAUUGGUACUCACUCAUCUAUUCCGCUGUUUUUGUCAUUUUGCUGGUCGCACUUGUGAGCACGAUUUUGAUGCGGGCAUUGCGAAAGGAUAUCGCAAGAUACAACCGGCUCAACAUGAUAAAUUUAGAUGACUUGAAUGACAACCCAAGCUCUGUGGAGGAUGGAAUUCAGGAAGAUUCUGGUUGGAAACUCGUCCAUGGCGACGUGUUCCGCUGCCCGAAACACCCGUUACUACUGAGCGUGCUCUUGGGGAAUGGUGCGCAACUCUUUAUGAUGACCGGAUUGACAGUUCUCUUUGCCUUAUUUGGGCUUCUCUCCCCGUCAAACCGAGGAUUUUUGGGAACUGCUAUUUUGAUCAUCUAUACCUUCCUUGGCUUCAUUGGUGGUUACGUUGCUUCCAGAACUUACAAGUCCUUUGGUGGUGAAGCAUGGAAGCGCCUUAUCAUUGCGACUCCCCUCAUAUUACCGGCCAUCAUCUUUUCCGUUUUCUUUUUCUUGAACUUCAUCCUGUGGGUCAAAGGGGCCAGCGGCGCAGUCCCAUUUACCACCAUGAUUGUUAUAGUUCUCAUAUGGUUCGUUAUCAGCGUACCGCUGAGCGUGGGUGGGAGCUGGAUCGGCUUUAAACAACCGGCCCUCGAAGGACCGACGAAAACGAACCAAAUCCCGCGCCAAAUUCCUCCUGCCGUUGGCUCCCUCCGGCUUGUUCCUUCGACUCUAAUUGCUGGGUUCUUCCCUUUUGCGGCUAUCUUUGUCGAAUUAUACUUCAUCAUGAAUUCGCUUUGGACCGGCAAAAUCUACUACAUGUUCGGUUUCCUUUUCCUUUGCUAUGGCCUAAUGAUCAUGAUGUCCGCGAUGACUACUGUGCUUUUGGUGUAUUUCCUCCUCUGUGCGGAGGAUUAUCGCUGGCAGUGGAGGUCGUUUGUGGGCGCUGGUAUGACUGGCGGAUACGUCUUUAUCAAUGCUCUUGUCUUUUGGGCAACACGGGUUAGCUUCGGCGGGCUCACCGGCGCCAUAUUGUACCUGGGGUACUCAGCAUUGUUGGCAUUCUUAGCGUCCAUUCUCACAGGUUCGAUCGGAUUUUUUGCCUCCGCAGUCUUCAUCAACCGUAUAUACAAAUCCAUAAAAGUGGAUUAG